AUGUUUUCCAGCUUCUUUUCUUGUUCCUCUUAUUCAAGAAAGAAGAACACCACCACCAACCGAGAGCAGAACUUGGAAACCAAGAAAGUUGAAGUUGAUCCACAGGUUCUCUACUUCAAUGGCGAUCCGUUCGGAUCAGGAAACAAAACAAAGUUGUCUCUAUGGUCCGAUAACAACAACAUUUAUUUUCAGAAUAAUUCAAGAGGUAAGGAGGUCAAGGAGGAGGAGGAGGAGGUAGUGAGGGGAGUGGAGAUUAUAAUCAUGAAGGAAGUGUUCGAGGUCAUUGUGGCAAUGAAGAACGCGUAUGUAAGCCUACAAGAGGCACACAGUCCAUGGGACCCGGAGAAGCUGAGGGCGGCUGACCUAGCGGUGGUGGCGGAGCUGAGAAAGCUGGGAGGCUUGAGAGAGAGGUACUUGAGGAGGAGGUGUUACGGCAGUGGCGACAAGCUGCUGAUGGAGCUAGUGGCACCUUACGAGGCCGCGGUAGUGGAGCUGAGGAGAGAGGUAAAGGCUAGAGAUAUGGAGGUUGUACAACUCAAAGAGAAGCUCAAGAGCAUUGUUAGCGCCACUAAUAAUGGCAAGAAGUUAAGAAUGUCUAGAAGGAAGGUGUAUUGCAGUCCAGUUGCAGUUUUAGAAUCUCCAGCACAAGAACUGUUUGAAAACACAAUGAACCUAGUGAGGGAGGCAUCACAAUCAUUCACUUCGAUUCUCCUCUCUCAUAUGCGAGCUGCGCAAUGGGACAUCGCUGCUGCGGUACGUUCAAUCGAAGCUGCCACCACCACUGCCACUAUGAUAAGCACUUCCUCUGUCAUCAAAACUCAACAUGCCAAUGCCAAGUAUGCUCUUGAGUCCUACAUUUCCCGAAAAAUCUUCCUAGGCUUCGACCACGAGAGCUUCUACAUGGAUGGCAGCACCUCUUCACUUCUCAACCCAGAAAAAUAUCGCCAAGAUUGCUUCAACCAAUAUAAUGAUUUGAAGAACAUGGAUGCCCUCGAGCUUCUCGAUAUCCUGCCCAUGUGUAACUUUGGCAAGUUUUGCUCCAACAAAUACUUGGCCAUUGUUCAUCCCAAGAUGGAGGCGUCGUUGUUCGGAGACUUAGAACAGCGACGAUAUGUGGUAGAAGGAAGCCACCCUAGGAGUCAGUUUUACAAGGAGUUUUUGAAGCUGGGUAAGGCAGUGUGGUUGCUUCACUUGCUUGCCUUCUCGGUUGACCCGGCACCAAGUCUGUUUGAGGCUAGUAGAGGAGCUCAAUUCCAUCCUCAAUACAUGGAAAGUGUUGUCAAGUUUCCUGGUGGGAGGGUUCCUUCCGAUCAGGUUGUCGGGUUUCCUAUGAGCCCUGGUUUCAAGCUCGGGAAUGGGUCGAUAAUCAAGGCUGAAGUAUACCCGGUCUCUAAGAAUUAG